CAUUUUUUGACUCUAUCUUUACAUUCGUCAACAUGUAGCAAUGACUCUCGCUCAUACUGAAUUGAACACUCUCGAUCCUCUCCCCUCCGAAAUCCGCGAGUUAAUCUUCCAAUAUCUCCUGCCUACCCGUCACAUACCCCUCAAAUGUGCUUUAUUACAAACAUGCCGCAAGUAUUACAACGAACUACUUCCUUCGCUGUAUCACGCAGUCUCUCUUCAUUCUACCAUGAUCGGUCGUUUCUUUCAAGGUCUAGACAGUGGCUUGUCGGCAGAAGAAAGCUCAGGAUGGUACUCAAAUCGUGUAGGAGACGAGAGUUUGCCUCCUGACACCGGUCAGAGUCCGGCAUCACGACGGCUUCGACUCUUAUCAUUGGUCAAAAUGGUCAUCCUAGAAGACGUCGGUGCUGUUCAUGGCUGUCUUCGUGCAAUCAACAUUCUAUCCAAGCUGAACCUUCCCGACGCUCCUCAAGAAUGGUGGAGUCAAGAAUACCCAGGGUAUAGCUAUUACCCUUUUGGUCAUCUGCUUGCCCUCUUUCCAAGUCUCAACAUGAGGAAACAUGGCGGAUCGGGACGUUUGGUGUGGAGCAAGGAUUUGAUGAACCAGUUGAACGAAGGAAAUUAUUUGAAGCUCAGGCCACGCGCCACUUGGUCUGGGAACGACAAGCUUGAAGGGGAUUACAUCUUGACUCACAGGUUCGCAAGCGCGACGGCUGUCAUCUUCAUGUAUGCGCCCGACAGUCCUCUUUCACCAGAAUUGUCUUCCCUUAUUUCGAUAGCAGCUGCAUCGAUGAAUCGCAAACGCUGCAUAUUUGCGGACGUUGAUCCAGAGAUAUUCAACCUCAUCGAUCCGCUGUAUAAUAUUGGCACAAUCUCUUGGCAUCUGAAGCCAGAAGGAAAGUGUAAACAGAAGCAUUUCGAUGGUCUUGUCAGUCUUAUCCGACGGUAUAAGCACAUGUAUAAUGGUCAAAACGCUUUUACGUUCUAUGUGUACAAUUACGCCUUCAAGCCAUACGAUGAUCCACGAGUUGUGGCUGAGAAUCUGGAGAGUGCUAGCUACGAUCCCAAUUCAACGGUUACUAUCACUAUUCGGUUGAUUUGUCGGUGAAGGUAACCCCGUUUCUUGACGUGUUUUCAGCCGUCACUGCCCAAAACCAUGAGCCCGAUCUGCCAUGUUUUUGUGAUUAGUCGUAAUCCAUGUAGCCACCCAAUGUGCGUGAUCGUGAACGAAUGAGUCUCAUGGUAAUGAAUAUGAUUAAUCAGAUUUUGGAUACUUGCAUGCAAUCAAC